AUGGCCCUGGAGCUGCAGCUCUCUGGGGGGAUGGAGAAGCCCGAGGGAGGACUGGACUGGUGGUGGAGUCGCCUCCUGAGCCCCCUUCCUCCGCUCUCCCUGCAGGUGGGGACCAACGGGGUCAUCUCCACCCAGGAUUUCCCCAGGGAGACCCAGUACGUGGAUGACGAUUUCCCCACAGACUUCCCUGUCAUCGCUCCCUUCCUGGCCGACCUCGACACCUCCGGCGACAGAGGGAACAUCUACUACCGGCAGGAUGACUCUCCAGAUGUGCUGGAUCAGGCUGCAAGCUACAUCCAGGCUGGCUUCCCCAGCACUGCCAGCUCCUUCGUGCCCACCAGUGCCUUCAUCACCACCUGGGAGGAUGUGGGUGCCUACCAGGAGCUCUCACAGGACGCUCAGCCCUCUGAGAAGCUCAACACUUUCCAAGCAGUCAUAGCCUACGACGAUGAGGACACCUACACCAUCUUCCUGUACCCUGAGGGUGGCCUCCAGUUCCUGGGGACACGGCCCAAAGAGUCCUACAAUGUCCAGCUGGAGCUACCAGCCAGGGUGGGCUUCAGCUGGGGGGACGGCGAUGACCCGAAGAGGGACGGGCUCUUCCACAGCCUGGCCAGCAGUGAGCAGGCUCUGAGGCAGCUGGAGUGGGAGAGCAACGCUGGGGUGCCCGGAGUGUGGGUCUUCCAUGUGGGCAGCACAGCCCCCCUGGAGCAGGUGGAGCCGGGCGGGGGACAAAGCCCCGACGUGCUGCCAAUGUUCACCUACAGUGCAGCCAGCAAGGAGACGUGUGCCCAGCACCAUGGGCACUGCUCCCCACACGCCUUCUGCACCGACUAUGCCACCGGUGUCUGCUGCCACUGCCGGGCCACCUACUAUGGCAACGGGCGCCAGUGCCUGCCUGAAGGGGCCGUGCAUCGCCUCAACGGGAAGGUGAGUGGGAACCUGAGGGUGGGACGGGCGUCCAUCAGCUUCCAGGAGGUGGAUCUCCACGCCUACAUCGUGGGCAGCGAUGGCCGGGCCUACACGGCCAUCAGUGGGGUGCCCCAGCCUGCUGCCCGUGCCCUCCUGCCCCUCAUGCCCAUCGGUGGGCUCUUUGCCUGGCUCUUCGCCCUGGAGGAACCCGGUGCCGAGAACGGCUUCAGCAUCACCGGUGCUGAAUUCACCCAGAGCCUGGAGGUGACCUUCUACCCUGGGGAGGAGACCGUCUACAUCACCCAGACAGCUGAGGGCCUGGGGCCGGACAAUUACUUAAGCCUGAAGACACACAUCCAGGGCCAGGUGCCGUUCCUCCCGGAGAACGUCACUGUCCACAUCACUCCCUACAACGACCUCUACCACUACUCCAGCUCAGCUGUGAUGUCCUCUGCUCGCCGGGAGUACAUCCUGGUUGCUGGGACAGCCAACCAGACCUUGUCCUACCGCCUGCACCAGAACAUCACCUUCUCUGGCUGCCCUCAUGCCCGCCUGCCCUCCCGGCAGCGCCUGGUGGUGCCUCGUGCCUUCGCCCUCUACGACCACCAGGAGCACGUCCUGCGCUACGCUCUGGCCGCCCGCGUCGCCUCCGCGCCAGGUGAUGCUGAGAAUCCCCCAGUGAACCCGUGCCACGACGGCACACACACCUGCGAGGCGCCGGCGCGAUGCCAGCCCGGCGCAGGGAUGGAGUACGUGUGUGAGUGCCCAGCUGGGUACCGCAGGGACGGACGGGGCUGCCGAGACGUGGACGAGUGUGCCGAGGGCCUGAGCCACUGCGGCCCCUUCAGCGCCUGCCUGAACGAGCCGGGCAGCUACUGGUGCGAGUGCCACGGGUACCGGCCGGCGGGGGACGGGUACUCCUGUGUGCCGCUGGUGCCAGUGACCAACCCCUGCGAGGACGGGAGCCACCCCUGUGCACCAGGGGACCGGGCUCGGUGCCUGCCCCGCGCUGGGGGCCCUCCCGCCUGCCAGUGCCUGCCCGGGUAUGCUGGUGAUGGCAUCCACUGCUCUGACGUGGAUGAGUGCGCUGAAAACCCGUGUCACCCGGCUGCCACCUGCUACAACAGCCCAGGCUCCUUCUCCUGCCAGUGCCAGCCUGGCUACCAGGGUGAUGGCUUCCAGUGCACGCAUGAAGGGAUGACGCAGCGGCUGACCCCCUGCCAGCACGAUCAGAUGUACCCACGGGCAGUGCUCCCAGGACCCUCGCCGGUGGGUGACGGACACGUUCCCCAGUGUGAGGAGGACGGCGGCCAGUGCCACAGCAGCACCGGGCACUGCUGGUGCGUGGACGCCGCGGGGCAGGAGAUCGCGGGCACCCGGACGGCCCCGGGCAGCACCCCGCCCCGCUGCGGGACCCCAGAGCCCACCGAGCGUCCCCCCAGCAUGUGUGAGCGCUGGCGGCAGAGCCUGCUGGAGCACUAUGGGGGCAGCCCCCGCCCGGACCAGUACGUGCCGCAGUGCGGGGCUGGGGGCGAGUUCAGGCCCCUGCAGUGCCACGGGGACAGCGGGUACUGCUGGUGCGUGGACCAGAGCGGCUGGGAGAUCCAGGGCACGCGCUCCGAGCCGGGCACCACCCCACCAGGUCUCCCCAGCGUCGCACCGCCCAGUGUCCAACCUUCUCCCCGCCCCGACGUGUCCCCACCAGCCACGGGCACCUUCCUGCUCUACGCUCAGGGGCAGCAGAUCGGAUACCUGCCCCUCAACGGGACGCGGCUGCAGAAGGAGGCGGCCAAGACCCUGCUCUCCCUCCAUGGCUCCAUCGUGGUGGGGAUCGACUAUGACUGCCGGGAGAAGACCAUCUAUUGGACCGACGUGGCCGGCCGGACCAUAAGCCGGGCGAGCCUGGAGUCAGGUGCUGAGCCAGAGACCAUCAUCAGCUCAGGGCUGAUCAGCCCCGAGGGGCUGGCUGUGGACCACCUGCGCCGGGCCAUCUUCUGGACUGACAGUGGCCUGGACAAGAUCGAGAGAGCCCGGCUGGACGGUUCCCAGAGGCGGGUGCUCUUCGACACGGAGCUGGUCAACCCCCGGGCCAUCACGGUGGACCCUGUCCGAGGCAACCUUUACUGGACGGACUGGAAUCGGGAAGCACCCAAAAUUGAAACUUCCACUGUCAACGGAGACAACAGGAGGGUCCUGGUGAACAGGGACAUUGGCUUGCCCAACGGCCUGACGUUUGACCCCUUCUCCAAGCUGCUCUGUUGGGCAGAUGCAGGAACCAAGCACCUGGAGUGCACGUUCCCUGACGGCACGGGCCGGAGGGUCAUCCAGAACAACCUCAACUACCCCUUCAGCAUCAUCAGUUAUGCCAACCACUUCUACCACACGGACUGGAGACGGGAUGGUGUGAUAGCCAUCAAUAAAGAAACUGGCUCCUUUACUGAUGAGUAUCUUCCAGAGCAGCGAUCACAUCUCUAUGGAAUAACUGCAGUUUAUCCCUACUGCCCUGGAGCAAGGAAGUAA